UGACUCAUAGUGUGUGGGAGCUGGGAAAUAGAUUUCUGUGCUCUGGCUCCCGAGGCUGUUUAUUUGUCUUGUAUCACAUGAAAAGACAAAUGAAUAGGAAACGCUCACAUCACAUAAUGUCACUUCUGCGACUGGUGUCGGUCCGAUUGUCGUGUUCUAAAACUGGUGGUUUGCGUGGCGUUAGAAACAUGGUGCGUUUAUGAUUCCAGCUGGUGCUUAUGAACAAGGACGGAUCGUGAAUCUGAACGAAAGUGACAGCUAAAAUAUAUGUAGUCCACUCACUUAUUACUUUCAUAUGUUGUCAAUAUUUUAAUCCUGCUUGCAGUAAAACCUCACAAAAGCUGAUGUUCAUAGAAAGUGUUUCUAUAAAUAUUAAACUUGCUUUGAAUAAGUGUUAAGAUUUGCCAGUUUUUAUGUCCCAAAUUAGACCCUUGAACAUGUCAAUUUAUUAAAAUACAAUUGAAAAAACAAAUAAUGAUAAAUGGUAAAUGAUAAAUAAACAUUGUGUGAUGUCAGAUGUCAGACAACACAUGAAAGUGUGUAUGAAUGUGUAUGAAGUGAUCAUAAACCAUCAUGUCGCUUUGAUCCAUCCAUGUCGUCCAUGAAGAGUCACUCAUAUUUUACCAGUCCAGGGAACCAUCGUAUGAACCUGGAUCUUUAACUGAUCAUGACCCACUAUAUUUACUUUUUCCCCCUGAGUUGAGUUCAGAGUGGCUUGUUGUUUCUGUAUUCACAUCCAUAAGAGGAUCCUUGCGUCCGUUUCAGUGCUCCAGAUGAUGUCACUGCCAUCUUUAACAUAUUAUCGAUUUAUCUGUAGACACCUUGAAACAGUGACAUCACCGUCUCAGGUCAAGUCAAGAUCACAUUUAGAUAAUGGGAUGUCUUCCUGAUGGGGUUUUUCAUCACAUGCAAUGUGUUUAUUAGUCAAUGUGAAGAAAGAAAACCAGCUGCAGCUCUCGGACAGGAGUUCAGCCGGAGAGGAAGAAGAUGGGAUGGGAUUAUUGAGAGAGCGAUGAUGUGGAAUUUCACGGCACUCGGCAGACACGUUGGACAGAACUGUCAUUCAGCUGUAUUCCCGCUAGCUCCGCAUAUAUGACAGGCCGAGGCGGAGAGUGGGAGGAAGAGAUGCAUCUCCAGAGAUCCAGCAUAUCAUGAGUGACUGACAGGCCAGUGAGAUGUGUGAAACGGAUAUAGAUUCAAGCGUUUGUGCCAGCGCCUUUGUCAGACUGAGAGCUGCUGUCAGAAUGUGUGGGAAUAAAGGAUAUUUAAUCUUGUGUUUUUACACCAAAGAGCUCGCGUGAUUGGCCGGGUUACGUGUCUUACAUGUAGGUCAGUGAAAACAAACCCAAGAUGAUUUGUUUUCAAUUGAAAAUCCUGACUUGCAUGAGUGUGUGUUUUGAGAGACGCUACAUCACCAUGAAAUAAUUCAUUAAACUAAGCAGUUAUUCAAAAUAAUCUGGGGAUAUAGACAAGCAAUAACCUGUACAAAUAUUUAGAGUCGAAGGUGUAUGUUUUAGGACUGCGGGAGGAAACCAGAGUGCUGACUGGUGCCACACAGCAGUUAUGGCCAGAGCAAAAGAAACGCAGGAGAGAUUCUGAUAAAUCUGCCUCCAGCUGGAUUCAGACUCGCAACCUUCGUGCUCCCUUCUAAAUCAAUGUCCAGACUUGCAGUUAUAGAAAAACAAUCCCAUCAGAGUCUCAUUAGAAAAACUGUGUGAGACAUCUGGAGUGAAGUCAGAUGAAUGAUCGACUGUAUUUUGGGAAUAAAUGAAGCUAUUAGAAGAGGCCUUUGGCGUUGGGGAGUCAAUUUACAGCCAAAACGUUGCUAAGAUUUUGCAACAGCAACAGCGAGUCAUCAGUCUAUACUUCUGCUGCUUCAAGGGAAGAUUAGCAUCGAUGCUAAUGUUUGCUAGCAACCCUCCAGCGCAUCAGUCGCAUGGAACUUAUGGCAUUACUUCGAUUGGACUCUGUUCAACAUUUCCUGAACAUUUUGAGUGGAAUAUGUUCAGGAACUUUCGGGUUAUUUUGCUGACAGAUGAAUAGCUGAGUAAACAACCUGGUUGGCAGAGCUGGUAGGGGACGUGGUGAACUCCGCUGCGGCUGCCGUCUUUCCCAGUUUGUUUUAAUAUCUGUGGACUCCCAGUGGAGAAGAUUGUUUGUGUGUUGUGGAGUCUUGUUUGCCGCCCGUCCUCAGCAUCAACUUUCACCUGCUGCUCACCUAUUUCAGCGAACUUUUCAUCACUUAUUUCCUGAUAAACAUUUGAUCUUUUUUCAUAUUUUGACCCUUUAAAUCCCUGGUUUCUAAAUGAUCCAAACUGAUGCACUAUAAGUUCUGCAACACCUUCGAUUUGUAACUCCUCCUGAGUCUUAAAAAAGGCCUUUGUGACCCAUCCAUCGUGCAACCGUGAGACUCACCGUAUGAGUUUCUCACCCUGACAUCUGAGCCCAGCAGUGCAUGUCUUUACUCGCAGCAUCUGCAGCAUCACAUCAUCGGCUCCUGUUGGGAAGUGUAACCCAGAAAACCCACGGGGGGCAGUCAAUCACGGGUCAACGGCAAUAUAUACCGAGUACGGCCGUCGCCAUAGUGAUUAGCAAGUUGUCUGUUUGUGCGGCAGAUGUUCUCCAUGGGCUGUCUGCUGAUAUCGGAGUGAGAUAUCGGGGUCACUUCCAUUUCAGAGCAGACUUUUGCCUCUCUCUGAAUGCUUGAUGGAGAGAAAGCGGAACACUGAACUAUUUACAACUUUGAGGUUCGACAAUUUUAAAAAAAUGAAGAUGUAGGUUUUGACAAAACAAUUGAACAUGACUCUGGUUUCCUCCCAUGUGUGUUACCAGAGGUGUGACAGUAGUUUCCAACCCUGCGUGGAAACAUAUUUUUUAAAGCAAUGCUGCAUUUGUGUGCGAGUGAGCUGCAGCAGCCUUAUCAAAUAAAUAGAAGGCAAAUCCAUUCUGAAAAUGUCUUGAAUUUCAAAGCUAAGUCGUGUGUGUUAGCUGAUUCUGUGCUGCCGUUGUUGCGUUCUCUUCUGACGGUUCUUCUCUCUGCAUUUAGGCUUCUGUCAAACUGGUUCGUCUGCCCUGACCACCGAGGCUUAACUGUGACAAUAUUUUCAGCAACCCCUGGCAAAUAUUUGUAUUUACACCACUCAGGCUUUAACAGAAUCAAAAAACACCCCUGCAACAAGACUAUGUUUGUGUAGUGAAAUUAAAAACAGUUAAAUGAGAUAUGAUCUAUCUAUCCACUGAUCCAUCCAUCCAUCUUUCUACAUGGGAUGAUAGGAGUGCAGUCAUUUUGGAAUUUAAAAAUGUUAAAAAAAAAAUUCUAAAUCUAAAUUAUGGCAACUGAAAAAAAAUAAAAUAAAAAGGAGAAGUUCAGUUCUUGCGACAUCUUGUGAAUUAAAUUAAAGCUAAUGUAUAAAACAUCAUGAAAACAACUGGAUCUUUUUUUAAUCUUCAAAGGAAUUGAAAUUAUACGGAUUAUAAAAAAAAUGAAUUGUAAUCCAUCUUGUGAGAUGAUUUAAUUCAGAUAAACCAGAGGUGAUGCCUCUCAUCAGAAAGAGAGUUGCUGUGAAAAUUCCUCCACUGAACACUGAGUAUCACCUGGGAACACGUGGCAAGUCGUGCCAAACUAAACCAUUGUGAUCAGAACAGAUCGACUCCUUCAGGAUGGCGAAGCCGCCAUUUUGUUUGAUUGCACAGCUUUGAGCUGAUGCCAAUUUCUGGUGCAAACACACAAUCUUAUGGCCCUUGGGUUAAAACUAAGUGGCUGUUGCCGCAGCAUGCCUGCAGACACCUGAAGUCCUGCGGCGGCUGCUUUGGUCUGAGCGGAUAUUUUCGUGCCUCACACUCGGAUGUGACUCUCUCGUCUCGUGUCAGGAAGUAUCUAUAUUAUUUGAAGUAAACAACACGAGGAAACAUAUAGCUCUGUUGAACAAUACAACAGGAUGGACCGAUAGACUUCCUCCACCGGGUAUAAUGAAAACUGUCACCGCGCCGGAGUCUGGAUCACAAAAAUGGAAUAUGACUCAAUGAUUACCACAGGAACCUUGGCUGGAUCUUUACAACCUUUAUUCCCUCGGUGGCUGUGGAACAGAGAGCUUCACUAUUUCAUUCCUGUUUGGUGUGGAGUGAGAGGCUAAGCAGCCGCGCAUGGGUGUUGAGGCUCAUUUGUUGCUUCUCAAGGACUGAAUGUGUCACUGCUUUAUCGCUGUUAAACGUAGCAAAAUAAUAUUGUCAGUGCUUUCAAUCAUUCGCUAUAAUUUCAUCAUUUACUUUAGACUAAAUUAUAGCAAACACUAGAGAUGAUGCAUUCAUGUUUGAAAAUGAAAAAGAAUAAAAUAAAUCACAAGAAUAGCAAACAACAGGCUCUCUUAGUCAUUUUGUAAGCGGAAACGCUAUUCAUUUUAGAUUUAGAUUUAAAAAAAAGACACUGAUUUUGUGGACGUCAAAUCCAUUUUAAUUGCAAUAAAAUCAUUUAUAAACACAAUAACACGUCACCAAAAAUUCUAUUUUGAGGCAAUAAUCGAUUCUUAUAAUAUAUACCUCCAUAUAAUAUAACUGUUUUAUGUGACAUAACUGUCCUCAAUUCGCCAGUUGAUCGCGAUCUUUAAUUGACAGUUCAUGGGAAGAACCAAUAAUGUUAGCGCGUUUGUAAAUGCUGCAGCGUCCCCACGUGGUCAGAUUUGGAGAUGCAACCUCCUCGGGGAUUUAGUUACCAUUAGACUUGUGAGUGAGCAGGUUGUGGUCAUUGAUAUUGAUAUUUCCGUGUGUACAAAUCAUUAGUUAGUCAAGUAAACAUUUCCAUUAUCGCUACCUAUUUUCCAAAGAUCGUAAAUUCUUUACUCUUUUGACACAAACAAUGGAAUUGUCUGAAGACCUUCCGUUACUCCUCGUAAAUCUGACCAUUGUUUUUGACUAUUUAAAUAGGAAGAUCCACCUGGUCACUAAAACCAGAUGAGAGAGGAGCGACGCCUUUUCGCAUUUGAAUAAAAACAGUACAAUAACUUGAUUCGAUACGAGUGUUGAUACGCGUUGAACACUAGAUGGCGCGCUGAGCGUCAAAAUGACAUGAUAUUUGAUGUAAAGUAAGGAGGAAAAGUUUCACCAAAAUAAACUACUCUAGCGUUUUAUAAAUUAUUAUAAAAACACUCAAAUUAGGUUUAUUUAACUUUUGCUAAAUUAUUUUGGAACCUAUUGUAUUUCAAAAUAAGAUUUUUUUUUUAUUUCGAUUGCGUUUCCUAUUUUAUUUAUUAUAGUUAUUCAUCUUCUAUUUCCUGCUAACGCAUGAUGCCAAAGGUUGCACCAGUGGACUUCUUCCCCGGGGAAACCAUCAGCUGCUUGAGGACAGAUGGGGGUGUUCCUAACCGCUCCCUCUUCCUCCUCCUCCUCCUCUUCCUCCGCCCCUCCGACGAACUCUUCACUUCAGCUGGAGAGUUUCAGACGCGUAGAACGUUUGCUCAUGUGGUUCCUGUCCGUCGCUGCGUUAUUUACCUUUGAACUCCUUGGACUUUUUGCCUUCUCCGCCGGCGCAAUGUGCCAAGUCUGCAGCGGAUCCAUGGAUUUUAAGGGGUGAGCAGGCACCGAGACCAGCAGCUUGGAAAGUGGGUUGAAAAAACAAGAAAAAGUGACUGAAGCAAGAUGGAUUUCGGCAAUGAUGUGGAUCUGUCCAACAAUAACAUCACUCCUCUGUGGAAACGGAGGAGUGAUAAUUGCAAAAGUCCCCAGCAGCUGAGGAAGCCCAGACCUCAGAGCUAUCACCUGAAUGGGGUCAUGAUGACGGACUUCCCGGUGGAGGACCACUUCUCCUUGAGUCAGACUCCCGAGAGGCUGCAGGCGGCGUCGGACAGCAACGUUGCGAUGCUCAAACAUGUCUUAAACAAGCCGUCGAAGAAAUCCCGAGUCGUCCGGAGCAUCAGCAUCGGCCAGUUCUCCAACGGACGUUUCUCCUUGAACAAGUUCAGGUCUCAGGAGGGCCGGUCCGCCUCUGUGGACCACAGACCGUGUAAUGGGGACUACAACAAGGGGAUGACCAGCAACGGAUUAACGGUGUGGCCCGACAAAUGUGACGCUAUGAAACCGACCACCCUGAGUUUACCUAAGGACAAAACGGUACUUGGGUCACUGGACUCAAAUAAUGGCUUAAACCACGGCGAACUGUUUCCAUCGAGCCCCUCUCCUCCUGUCCGACGCACGCCCAACCCGUCCCACAGCUCCACCUCAAGCAUCCCCUCACUGUCUUCCCUUAACUCCUCAGACCCGCCAACACCUCGCUCCCCGUCACCCGCAGACAAUAGACAAGUGCUCCACAGACUGUCCCCAACCUCGCCUGCCUCCUCUCAAGACACCAGACGCUCUUCCUCCUCCUCCUCUUCAACUAUGUCCUCCCCCUCCCCAACCCUAUCGCCAUCCAUCUCCCCUGGACCUUCCAUUGUCCUGAGCACCAACAGUCCGGCCGCCCUGAAGAUGGGCACCCAGCAGCUUAUCCCCAAGGGUUUAGCUUGCGAUGUUCGUCAGAGCAAGCCGGCGGGAUCCCAGGGCCAAGGUUUGGUCGGUCUGCUCGGCAUGGACUCCUCGAAGCGUUCGUUGAAAACCCGCAGCAUGGUGGAGAGUGGUGCCUACUUUUCUACUGGCACUGCAGAGGGGGCGGACGGGGAAGGGGACAGCCCUGGCCUGCUCCGACGAGGCCUCAGGAGUACGUCCUAUAGACGGGCGGUUGUCAGUGGAGUUGAAUCGGGGGCGUCUGCCCUUGACCUGAAGGUCUGUCCAAACUCCACCAACAAAGAUGGGUCGCCCUCAGGAAGCCCAAUCAGUUCUUCUGCCUCAAACCCAAUAAGAGACAGCAAAGCUACGAGCCCUAAAACAACGAAACCCUCGAGCCCGAAGACGGCUCAACCUGGGGGCCGCGCUGGUGCGAACGGGAUCAUCAAGAGCCCUGAUAAGAAGAAAGUCUUGACCAAUCAGAGGACCUUUGACAGCGAAGAGGAGCUGUACCAAAACUAUCAAGAGAAGGCCUUGCAUAAUGAUUCGGAUGAAGAAAGCGGACGUCCGGAGUCGGACAGCAGCAUCGUGGUGCAGUACAGACCCAUCAGAACCUCCUGGAGCCAACUCACAGUGGUGAAGAAAAGUGGUCUUUCAGAGCGGCUGAGUCAGGAGGAGCGCAAAAGACAAGAGGCCAUUUUCGAGGUGAUCUCUUCGGAGCACUCCUACCUCCACAGUCUGGAGAUCCUGAUCCGCAUGUUCAAGAACGCUGCUGAGCUGAUAGAGACGAUGACCAAGACGGAGCACCACCAUCUUUUCUCCAACAUCACAGACGUCUGUGAGGCCAGUACAAAGUUUUUUAAGGAACUGGAAGAGCGGCACCAACACAAUAUUGUGAUCGACGACAUCAGCGACAUUGUCUUCAAGCACGCUCAGUCCAACUUUGAGCCGUACGUCACCUACUGCUCCAACGAGGUCUACCAGCAGAGAACCCUGCAGCGCCUGCUGUCCAAGAAUUCUGCUUUUAAGGAGGUUCUGUCCAGGAUAGAGGCCCACCCGGACUGCAGGAACCUCCCCAUGAUCUCCUUCCUCAUCCUGCCCAUGCAGAGGAUCACCCGCCUGCCGCUGCUCAUGGACACGAUUUGCCAUAAGACGACGAAGGACUCCCCCCAGUAUGAGGAGUGUAAGAAGGCGCUGCAAGCGAUAAGCAAGGUGGUACGGAAGUGCAAUGAGGGCGCCCGCACCAUGGAGAGGACAGAGAUGAUGUACACCAUCAACUCUCAGUUGGACUUUAAGAUCAAGCCGUUUCCACUAGUGUCCUCCUCCAGGUGGAUGGUGAAGCGAGGCGAGCUGACAGCCUUCGUGGAAGAGAACGGGAUCUUUUCCAAGAGAACGUCGAGGCAGCAGGUCUACUUCUUCCUCUUCAACGACGUCCUCAUUGUCACGAAAAAGAAAAGCGAGGACAGCUACUCGGUGAUCGACUACGCUCUGAGGGAUCAGAUCUGGGUGGGGUCCUGCCAGCCGGAGGACCUCAACCUGUCUCCCGUCCGGAGCUCCGCCAGCAUGCUGAGCUUGCGGCAGGCCGGUGCCAACCACCUAUUCAAAGUGGGUUUCCGUAGCAACCAUUCCGAGGAGAAGGUGCAGAUGGUCCUGGGGACGGAGCUGCUGAAUGAGCGGGCUCGGUGGAUCAGCGCGCUGGGUCAGAACAUCAACAAGGAGAAGAGUCAGGACAGAACCAACGCCCUGCAGAUGGAGGUGAUCCGGACCUACACGGCCAAGCAACCCGAUGAGCUGUCGCUCCAGAUCGCGGACGUGGUUUUGGUCUCCCAGACCGUGGAAGAUGGUUGGCUGGAGGGCGAGCGGCUGCGCGACGGAGAGCGAGGAUGGUUCCUGGCCGAGUGUGCGGAGCCCAUCACGUGUCAAGCCACCAUCGAGCGCAACAUGCAGAGGAUGGACCGCCUGCAGGGCCUGGAGACCAACGUGUGAGCGGGAGCCACUUGACACGGCAGUGACCUGCCGCUGUCGACCCCAGGGCUGAGCGCCGGUGUUCGCCGCUGUGAAGGCUCAGCUCACACACGACACGCCAACGAAACCCGCUGAGAACUUCGCAGCCAAACGUCUCUUCUACACCCCAAAUUAGUCUUUCAAUUGUAGCGGUGAACAAUGACUUUGAUGCGGAUGAUGAUGCACUUUAACAAUGAUCUGUCUGGGUGGAGAAGGAGCGACAUUUUGAAAGAAUCUGAACACAGUUUGAUCCAGGAGCUUCAGUCAGAAGAACAUCUGAAGCUCUGGACGCAGCAUUUCAAGGCACUUUUUUUGUAAAUAUGUCGAUUCAAUUGAUGAAUUAAGCUACUUUUUAAAAAAUCAGAACAGCCAAAUGUAUUUCCUACCUCAUCCUCAGCCACGGGGCUCAAGACCGAGGGCCAGAAUAUAUUUCACGGAAGCUUAAAACAAGGUGUUUCCUGAAGGUGUUUCCGGAAGAGACCUGGUCAACACCAGGGCCGAGUCAUCGCUUCAGUGCCACCACUUGGAUGGGAGGGCGUCAUCUGACAGACCGCGGCAUCGGAACGCGGUGACGGUCGCGAGGGCGGUUUAUGAAAUUUGAGCUCAGGGAGAAUUUGCUUUGCGACUCGGUGAGAAAUGAUUUUUUUUUUUCAAUGACUGUAAAGUGUAAAUAUGUAAAAUGGUGUGUAUAUCCAGAAACAGAGAUGCAGAGAACUCAGUAGCUAAAUAUAUUUUGAUCACAUUAAAGGCUUCAUUACCUGGAAGAGCAAUUGAAGAGAUUGGAAGAGUCUGAGUUUGUGAAAAAACAACUGGGAAAGUUGCGGUUCACCAAAGGUCGGUUAUCCAACUCUGGACCAACUCAGAGUUUUCGGUUUCAGAACAGGGGUUAACGGUUCAGAACCAAAGUCGAAGUCGAGUCGCGAACAGCCCGUGUUUGAUGGCGGCAAAAGUCCUCACCGAUGAGAAGAUCGUCCAGUGACAGCUCGACUAUUUAGUCCGUUUCCUAUUGGUCGGUCCGUCUUUGUCCCGCCCCCUCUGCGUGCCGCGUGUGAGACAAGAUCAGAGUAUUUAAAAUGGUGCUUUCUGGAAGUCACGCUUCACAUCCAGGUUCCCAUCAGGCUAUCGGGUGAUAAUCCUCCUCUCCAGACUGGGAUUUCUGCGUUGUGUUAUAUGCGCUUCAGCCUGGGUAACUCAAGUGUUUCGCUCUGGUAAACCUGCUCCCCAGGAGUUUAGGUUCAUGGCCUGUGUUGCCCUGGUAACUAACACAGAGGAUGGUUGAUCCUGCUUCAUGAAAUUCAAUUCUGGCUUUUCAUUUAAGCACCUUUCUGAAAUGGACACCAGGAAGUCCUGGACGGGAAUGUGUGUCUGAACAAAACCUAAACAGUGACCACAGACUUAUUGUAUUGCUCUUCACCUUUAUUUAUCCAUUUAACCAGGAGCAAAAUGUAAAAAAACAGGAGGGAAGAAAAGGAAACUUGGGAACGCAGUCGGCAAAAACGUGGAGAAACAGAAGUCAUUCAAGUGUGUGAAGAAGGUCCCGGUGAACUGUCCAUGUUCCGCUUUAAUCUUCGUCCUCAUCGUCGUCCUCAUCAAAGUUCCUGUGGUGCGAGCUACGACCGAAUGACUGGCAGCUUUGAGGGGCACGAGUGUUGGCAGCCUGGCUCCCCGCUGGUCUCUCCUGGGUGGUGAUGAGGUCUAUGAUGGCGCUGAUCACAGCGCAGUCUUUGGACUCACGGUUCUGCCAGUCCACAGGAGCCGGGUUACAUAUUUUAUCUUCCAGCAGAGAAUCCAACUCUCGCUUCAAACUCUGGGAAAAGAAAGAGAGACCCGUGUGAAUACGUCCAUCAAAUCAAGCGCUUCUCGUCGGAGGUAGGUGUCGACAUCAUUCACACCCCUGGAGCUCGGCACUGAAC